ACGCUUCAGUCAUAUUCAGCGCGAGAGUGAGAUCGGUGUGGUGACGGAGCGUAACGCGUUCUCUCAGUGAACGCUUCUGACAGUUGAUGCUGGCUCGUUGGGAUAGCAAGAUAAAAGCGAAUCUGUGAAGAGCACUUCCAAACAGAAAAGAAAAUAACAAGAAAAUAAAAUUGGAAACUAAACAAAUGUUACAAUGGACACGCAACAACAACAGCAACAGAGCCAAACGAGCAACAACAACAUCAACUGGGACAGUGACAAUUGCCAGAAAAUUAAAAGAUUCGUGAUCAUCGGACUGCUGAUCACCAUUGGCAUACUGAGCUGGCAUUUCUAUGAGUAUUUCCACAGCAAACCACUGCCCACGGCACCAGAUGAUGUGCUGGUCUUGUCGCAGACGCUAUUUAAAGAAGAAGCUGCGGAAAAUCCAUAUCUCUACAAAGUGAAUCUGCAGGGCAAAACGAAGUCCGGCGCACAUGACGAUCGAGCGCCAGGACCACUGUUUGAGCUGCACAACGAUCUGCUGGCCAGAGAUAGCAAUUCGACGACGGCUCUGCUGCAGCGGCUCUUCAACAACUAUGAGCUGGACGUCGCCGUGCCGGAUGUAAUCACGGCGGAGCAUGAGCAAGAGCAGCUGGACUUUCUGCGUGCCGUAAUGAACACACGCGUCAUGAAACUCUCAAUGCGUUUCUUAGCCAAAAAAGGCCUCGUCGGCAGUGACUACGAAGAACAGCUUAAGCUCCUCCAUGAGCUCUGGUUCACCCCGUAUUCCCGGGGUAAAGGCAUUUUGGGCAGCUCCAGCUUCGAGCACGUCUUCAUGGCGGAGCUUCGGGAUCAGAAUGUGCUAGGCAUGCACAAUUGGCUGUACUUUGCCGAGCAGGAGCAGCAGGGUCACGUGGACUACAAGGGCUGGUUGGAUCGCGAGGAGACGGGACGACCCAAUCAAUUCGCAUUGGCCGUGCGCAUGAGCUUCUUUGGCAUCAAUAAGUCGUACAUAAGCUUCUUGGUCGGCACUUCGCCAGAGCUGGAGCUGAGUCUAUAUACAGUGUGCUUCCUAGCAACGCCCAAGAAUGAGCCUUGCGAAAUCCAGCUGGACAAGGCCAAGCUCUCAAUCGUAUCACAUGUCUGGGAUUGGAAGGGCAAGAAACUGAUAGCGUCUGCCUAUGUGCAAUUUGACUAAAGGCCACAAUAUGAAUCUCAAGCAACAGGAACUAUAUAUUAUAUUCAUUUAUAUAUAUAUCAAAGUUUAGCAGAAUUUUAGAAUCGUUAGCUGAAUGUAAUUAUGUUAAAUAGGCUUUUAGAUAUUCCGACAGCUAAAUUUCUAUUUGAAAAAAGUUCUUUCCUUAUAAUGGAAGAACUCAUUUUGAUUAGGAAAAGUAAUUUCAAAAUCUGUGUACAGAAAAUAAAUUAUUAUCAAAUUUUCAACAUUUCCUUAGUAACGUUUCCCAUUCAGCAUUCAGAAAAAGUACUUCAGACCGGAUAUAAAUUUGGCAGUUAAAAUUAUUUUUGUAAGACAAAUCAUGCCCAUAGUUCAAGUAAAAUCCUUUGAGUUUUGAACUUCAGUGUGUGAGGCCAAAGUAUUUUUAGAGUAUUUCAACAUGGGUUCUUUUUUUAAUGGAUGAUUCUGUUUAUCUGUUUAGAGUAUUAAAUUUUCAACAACAUUUCUUAAGCAAAAUUUUCUAUUCAGUAUUCCGCCCAAGUAUUUGAAACAGAAUACUAAACUAUUUCCCAUGUUCAAGUAGUAGUUCAAGUGAAAUCCUGUCAGUUUGUGAACUUUAAGUACUUCUUGGGCUGUUAUGAGCUCGGAAUUAGCGAGUUGCUGAUGCCUUAAGUGCGUGCCAACGCCAAUUUCCUGGGCCUGUCACUCAGUCGCACAGGCUGGCAUUUGAGUUCUUUUGACAGGUUUGCAUGAUAUUAGCGCCCUCGCAAUUCUAUCAUUCAGUUGUUUAUUAUUAAUUUCAACAUUUUCUUGACUUGCAUGGAGAACGAAUGACCUCCAAUACAAAAUUGACACUUGACAUUGAGGGCAGCUAUAGGACCUAUCACAAUCAAACAAAAGCCAUUAGCAAUUUAGUUCAUAAUUAUUUGUUAAGAAUUAUUGAGAACCCGCAAAUAUAGCGAUAUAUUAAUUUGAGCCUAAAUCAUUUGUAUUGUAUAUUAUAAAUUUGAUAUGUCUUUUCGUAUGUCCAAUUUCUGUUUGUCAAAAUGUUUUGAUACGUAUUUAACUAAACCGAAUCUCAGGAUUGUUGCUUAAAAUUAAAUAAAACUCACUGUCGUCAAGUUGAUGGAAUUAAA